GGGCCAUGUCGGAGAAGCCGUCGUGCAAUGGGCCGCCCGCGCUGUGAAUGGCCCCCAGUGUUUGGUUGUUGUCGUAGAGCUGGUGUGGCGUGAUUGGCCUCCUCGAGGCUAGGGGGGCGGGGUGGGGAAGCCGGACUUGGGGCUCCUCGGCGGCGUUGUCGCCUCACAGGAGCCCUGCGAUGGAUCCGCGGAAGCGGCUGGCGUUGCUACUCUGCGCCGCGGCGCUGUUGAGCUAUGGCCUAGCCACUGCGGAUGAAGAAGGCGGUCAGGAUGAGUCAUUAGAAUCAAAGACUUCCUUGCCUUCAGAAGAACAGGUCGGAGACCGCUCCACAGGAACCCGUGUUGUAGCGGGUCAGAUCUUCCUUGAGUCAGAGGAAUCAGACUCUCCCACUGAAGAUGAAGAGAGCUUUAGGAGCCAAGAAGAGGAGGAAGAGAGCAUGUUGGAGGAGCUUAACUCUCUUGAAAUGUCAAACCUAUUAAAUAAGAAUUUGGAAGAUGUAGCAAGGCAGAAACCAGUUUUGACAGCCAUCGGAGGCACUGCAGACGGUGAGCCCUGCCGCUUCCCUUUCCUGUUCCUGGAGAAGGAGUAUAUAGAGUGUACUGCUGAUGGGAGGGAAGAUGGCAGGCUUUGGUGUGCAACAACCUAUGAUUACAAGAGAGAUCAAAAGUGGGGCUUCUGUGAAACUGAAGAGCAGUCUAAUAAGAGAAGACAGAUGCAGGAAGCAGAGGAUGUUUACCAGACAGGGAUGAAAAUCCUUAACGAGAGCAGUAAAAAGGCACAGAAAAAAGAAGCAUAUCAGUAUCUUCUGAAAGCAGCUGACAUGAACCAUACCAAGGCAAUGGAAAAAGUGUCUUAUGCUCUAUUGUUUGGGGAUUACCUGAAGCAAAACAUCCAGUCUGCUAAAGAGCUGUUUGAGAAACUGACAGAGGAGGGAUCUCCUAAAGGGCAAACGGCUCUUGGAUUUCUCUAUGCAUCUGGCCUUGGUGUCAAUUCCAGUCAAGCUAAGGCCCUGGUUUAUUACACUUUUGGAGCUCUCGGAGGAAAUCUGAUAGCACACAUGAUUUUAGGUUACCGGUACUGGGGUGGGAUAGGAGUCCUUCAGAGUUGUGAAUCUGCUCUCACUCACUAUCGACUUGUGGCUAAUCAUGUGGCUAGCGAUAUAUCUCUGACAGGUGGCACAGUUGUGCAGAGAAUUCGCUUGGCAGAUGAAGUGGAAAAUCCAGGAAUGGCCAGUGGGAUGCUGGAGGAAGAUUUGAUUCAGUAUUAUCAGUUUCUAGCAGAGAAAGGAGAUGUACAAGCACAGGUUGGCCUUGGGCAGUUACAUUUACAUGGAGGAAGAGGAGUGGAGCAAAAUCAUCAGAGAGCGUUUGAAUACUUCAACCAAGCAGCUAAUGCUGGUAACUCGCAUGCCAUGGCCUUUCUAGGAAAGAUGUAUUCGGAAGGAAGUGAUAUCAUACCCCAGAGCAAUGAGACUGCUCUUCAGUAUUUCAAGAAAGCUGCUGAUAUGGGUAAUCCAGUUGGACAGAGUGGGCUAGGAAUGGCUUAUCUGUAUGGAAGAGGAGUUCCAGUGAAUUAUGAACUGGCAUUAAAGUAUUUCCAGAAGGCUGCAGAACAAGGAUGGGUAGAUGGACAGCUUCAGCUGGGCUCCAUGUAUUACAAUGGCAUUGGAGUGAAGAGAGACUAUAAACAGGCUUUGAAAUAUUUUAAUUUGGCCUCCCAGGGUGGUCAUAUUCUGGCUUUCUAUAACCUGGCACAGAUGCAUGCCACUGGCACCGGGGUGAUGCGCUCCUGUCAUACUGCUGUUGAGUUAUUUAAGAACGUAUGUGAACGAGGGCGCUGGUCUGAGAGACUCAUGACUGCCUACAAUAGCUAUAAAGAUGGUGAUUCAAAUGCUGCUGUGGUUCAAUAUCUCCUAUUGGCAGAACAAGGCUACGAAGUGGCACAGAGCAAUGCUGCCUUCAUACUUGAUCAGAAAGAGGCCAGCAUAGUAGGAGAGAAUGAGACUUAUCCCCAAGCCUUGCUGCAUUGGAAUAGAGCAGCCUCCCAAGGUUACACUGUUGCUAGAAUUAAGCUUGGAGAUUACCAUUUCUAUGGCUUUGGUACCGAUGUUGAUUAUGAAACUGCAUUUAUUCACUACCGACUGGCAUCAGAGCAACAGCAUAGUGCCCAAGCCAUGUUUAACCUGGGAUACAUGCAUGAGAAAGGACUGGGCAUCAAACAGGAUAUUCACCUUGCAAAACGCUUCUAUGACAUGGCAGCUGAAGCCAGCCCAGAUGCUCAAGUUCCUGUCUUCCUAGCACUCUGUAAACUCGGGAUUGUCUACUCCUUGCAGUAUGUACGAGAAACCAAUGUCAGAGAGAUACUGUCACAUCUUGACAUGGACCAGCUGUUGGGACCUGAAUGGGACCUUUACCUUAUGACUAUCAUCGCUUUGCUCCUAGGAACAGUUAUAGCUUACAGACAGAGGCAACAUCAAGCUAUCCCCAGACCGGCAGGGCUGCGGCCAGCUGUGCCCCAACAAGAACCUCCCCCAGAACAUCAGCCGCCACAAUAGCAGCAACAGGAAUCUCUAUGAAAAGAACUGUAUUCUCCAGCAGAAACUAUUUUCAUUGUGAUUUAGGACAGAUCAAUGGUCCUUUCCCUCCAAAAGAGGCUCAAAGAAGCAUAAAAUUCUGAAAGCUGCUUAGAAUGAUGCCUUUUUUUCAGGGAUAAGUAACUUUUUCUAGACUGAUUUGAAUGUUAUUUCAGUGCCAAUGGAAUAACACAAUGGCUUUUUUUCGUGAAACACAAAUGUGCUACUAUAAAAGUGAUGCCUGCUACAUCCAAUUUCUCUUUAUUCAAAGUCCUUUUUCAUCAUCUCUUAAAGUGUGUGGAAAACAUUGGCUAACAAGAGCUGACCCAUGUAGAAAGAAAAAAAUGUUGGAAGGCUGAAAACCUGAACUCUACUCUUCUGAGCAAAAAAAAAAUCCUCUAGAACUGCGAGAGAAUUUGUUUUUCUUAUCUGCAUCCCAAGUAUUCCUACAGACCUUAUUUUAAUUAUUCUUUAAUUAUUUUAAUUAUUCACAGUUCACAUAGUCUCAUUAUUUGCCUUUGAUGUUUUGACCUGAAUGUUUCCAUUCAGAAGAAGCAAAAACAAAAGCAAAAUCUGUAACUAUUGAGCAAACUUCUUGUUCUCUGUGAUUUGCACUUUCGGGGUUUUGUUUUUUCCUUGCAGCAUACAUUUUUGCUAAUGGCCAAUCUCUAUUCCAGAAGGCAAAUAGGGAUAGAUUGCAUUUGUAAAAUAAAAGAAUGAUUUAAAAAAUCCUCCACAGAAUGUCCUCCACAAAUAUUUGGAAAAGUGGUGAGUAUUUUCGUGUAGCCUCUGUGCAACUUGUGGGAUUUCAUAUCACAAGAGCAAAAGGGCAAUUUGUUAGUCUUCCUGCAUUAUUUUUUUAUUCUUGUCUCUCUAGCAAGGAGAGAGUGGUUAACUGUAGAAUGCAGCAAGAAUUAGUGUUAAGAAAAGAUGCUGAUGGUGGGGACAUAGCCAGAAGCCUUCUCAGCUCAGUUAUAGGUAGACUGUUUUUCUAGUGUUUCUUUUAUUAAAAGGUGGGACUCUCGUGUUUCUCCAGCUAGUCUUACAACUUCAGCAAUCCAGUCAGUAAGUACAAUGGAAAUGACCUGUAUUGCAAGGUUUUUAUGCAGCUAAAAUCUAUAUAUCUUGCUACAUACAUAGUGGGUGCAGCAGAGAAUCUGCCUCUAUCUUCUGAGCACAUCUAAAUGAAAGGGGUACAAAGAGGUGAAUUCCAGCUCCUUACUCUUGGAGCUGGAUUUUCAUCAGCAUUGCUGCACUUCAGAGCAGCCUAAGAACUGCUUGGAAAUGUGCCAGCUGGUAACAGCCCCUCACUGGAACACAGGAGCAUCUAGAGUGGAGAUGGUCCUAAUGGAUUAUGGCUCCUUCGUGUCACUAGAGCAGUGCAAAGGUGCCACCCUGGGGUAGAGAAUCUGACCUAUAAACUCAAGGUUCUUGUUUUGUAAAAUUCUUGAUAGUUUUUUAACUGAUCAUAACCAUUUGGAAGCUAAAUGCACAAAGUAAAUAUGGGAGAAUAGCUUUCUGGGGGAAGAAGGCAGAAAUAUGUACUCCUUUUUCUCAGUAGCAGAUAUGGAUAUUUGUUUCCAUAUUAAGGCUAUACCCUGUGGAUACACUAUUUUAAAGCAAAAUGAAAUUUCAAUAUUCAAGACUCUGAUGUUUUCUCUAGAUCGUACAUUGUGCAUUUAAAGAGUUAACUGCUUCCUUUUUAAAGGCUUUUGUUCAGUAGAUUGGCAUUUAAGAAAGAACCAACCUGUAUGAAAAGGCUUCGAAACUGUGAGAUCUUGUAGGUUUUGUACAUAAUGUAUUAUAAAGAGUUGAAUGGGCAAGGUCUCUUUGCAGUUAACUUGUUGCAUUUUGGGAGAAGGGCUAAAUAUUCUUUUCUGGAAGCUCAUGUUUUGUGGCUGACUGCAGUAUUAUGAAUACAGAAAAAACUUUUAGAUACUCCAAGAGCGUGGAGUCAGAAUCUCACUAGGUCUUCAUGGAAGUUGCAUUCUGGGGCAGAAGGAUGUUUCAAUUCUGUUUGAGAGGGAAAAGUAUUGAAUUUCUACAUGGUCUGAUUAAAAUGUAUAGCAGUUCACUGAAUUUUUUU